GACAACUGAAAUCCACCUCCCCCUUGACUGCAGGACCAAGGCACGGCUCCACCAAGGUGGAUGAGGCCCACCCCACGGCUCCUUUCCACCUUGACCUCUGGUUCUACUUCACCCUGCAGAACUGGGUUCUGGACUUUGGCCGCCCCAUCGCCAUGCUGGUGUUCCCGCUCCAGUGGUUUCCUCUUAAUAAGCCCAGCGUCGGUGACUACUUCCACAUGGCCUACAACGUCACCACGCCCUUCCUCUUGCUCAAGCUCAUCGAGCGGUCCCCUCACACCCUGCCACGCUCCGUGAUCUACGUCAGCAUCAGCAUCUUCAUCAUGGGCGCCAGCAUCCACCUGGUGGGUGACUCCGUCAACCACCGCCUGCUCUUCAGCGGCUACCAGCACCACCUGUCAGUCCGUGAGAACCCCAUCAUCAAGAACCUCAAGCCGGAGACGCUGAUUGACUCCUUUGAGUUGCUGUACUACUAUGACGAGUACUUGGGCCACUCCAUGUGGUACAUCCCUUUCUUCCUCAUCCUCGUCAUGUACUUCAGCGGCUGUUUCACCGCCUCCAAGGCCCAGAGUGCCAUGCCCAAGCCUGCCCUGCUGCUGGUGGCACCCAGUGGCCUGUACUACUGGUACCUGGUCACUGAGGGUCAGAUCUUCAUCCUCUUCAUCUUCACCUUCUUCGCCAUGUUGGCACUCGUCCUACACCAGAAGCGCAGACAGCUCUUCCUGGACAGCAAUGGCCUCUUCCUCUUCUAUUCUUUUGCAUUCACCCUCUUGCUGGUGGUACUCUGGGUCGCCUGGCUAUGGAACGAUCCUGUACUCAGGAAGAAGUACCCAGGUGUCAUCUAUAUCCCUGAGCCCUGGGCCUUCUACACUCUCCAUGUUAGCAGUGGGCACUGAGUCCCCUGCACCGGCCCAUGGUUCUGUGUGGGGAGACAGCAGUGGUGGCUGUGGGCAUCACAAGUUGGGCACGUGCGGGUACACCAGGGACCAAAGGCUAUGUGAGACAUCAAGGCUAUGUGUUGCUCAGGGGACUGGUUUGCGUACGUGGAGUACAUUGCUGAAAGACUCCACUGCUUUGGUUCAGCUCGUUCAGAGAUAGAAUUUUAUUCUGGGAAGCGCAUUAAGGCCAAGAUCUGUGCCCUUCCUGGCACCUGUUCCUGACUGCUUGGGUCCCUAACCCCAGUCCCACCACCUGCACUGACUGGCCUGCCUAGGACGUCUUCCAGUGGCCAUGCAGAGGAGCCUCGAGGGACAGAAGUCCAGUUUUUCCCUCCAUCCACCCUGAGCCUGGGCACGUGGUUACCAGGCAUGCUGCCUUUCUCUACGUGGCUGAACAAAACAUCUCUCUCGGCCUCAGCGGCACUAGACAGGCCAUGGUCCCAGAGUGGGUGUCUCUGUCACUGCCUUUUCCAGACUAGGAGUAUGUGUACCCCAGAGCCUUGCCCAGGCCCAGCUCAGGGAAUCAGAGGUCCAUGUCACCACCAGCCACAGCAGCCUGAGCCUGGCUCUGGGCUUCCUCUACCUUGGAGGGAUGGUGGCAUCCACUUCCUGUUGGCUUGCUGUGAGGUUUUGAGCUGGCCCUGAAAUCAGAAACCCUUGCUCUGGUCUCAGAGGUCCAUUGUAGGACUUGGGCCCCCUGAGGCUCUCUCCAGUGAUCUCCACCUCCACCUGGACCUAUUCCCUUCUACCAGAAUAUAUUCCCCCAGAAUAGGCCUCUCUCCCAGCACAGGGCCCCUGCCUUGGCCUCCCCAGACCACCAGCCACCUCCCCCUGGGCCUCCAUCCAGGACCCCUCCCCGCUCUAGCCACUGCACACAGCCUUAUUACCCAGCUGGGCACAGCACCCAAGGCCAGAGUCUCGGGAGCCUGCCCUGCCCCCUCCUGUGCUCUCAGGGAGCCCCAGGCUCAGAUUCCCCUCUCCUGUUGGGAUCCUUCUCCAGGCCCUGGUUGGUCCUCAUCUCCUGGCACCUCGGGUGGUGUGAGGUGUGAAUAAAAGUGGGUAUGGCAUCCAACCUGGCUGGCAGCUGUUUCUGACUGGGUGUGAAGCGGGCAGGCCUUAAGAGCCCUCUCAGCCCAGGCUGGCCAAAGAGCAGGUUCCUGGGCUGCGAGGCACGGAGGGCAUCUUCUCCCAUUAGCCCUGGAGUCUGGGGACUGUGGGUUGGGUGGGGGCAGGGAAGGACACCACCACUACUUUUGGGAGAAGGCAGAGGCUGUGGUUUUUGUUUUGCAGUGCUGGGAAUCAAAGCCAAGGCCUCAUACAAGCCAGGCAAGCACUAAACUACAAAUAAACUAUAUGCAGGGUGGGGCCGGGAGGUUAUACAUUUGGGGAGCGCUCAUAAGAAAACUAAAAAACUGAGGCAUGAGUGUGGGUAUUUAGAAAGGGAGGGAAAAAGAAAAUUAUCAGAGCCCUGGAGAUCUGUGUGCCUCUCAGCCAGGCAAGACCUUAGCAGUUUGCUGGGAACAUCACCUAGGAAGGGGUCUUGAUUUCGGCCUGGCUUCAUAGGCCCAGAAAACCACGUGUCUGUGGUUGUCAGUGAUGUCACCAGGAUGGCAAAGGAAAAUGUCAGGACCCCAGAGAUGGCCAGGUGGUCCUGGUGUGGGCCCCAGCCGCUCAGAGUGGUCCCUAGACUGACAGUGUCGGCUUCACCCAGGAACUGGGGCAGACUCCGCAUCUCAGGGCCACGCAGAUUUCCCAAGUCUCAUCUGAGGAGAUCUGUGGGUGACACUCACUUUGUGACCUAGCACACCCAGGUCAAGUGUGGGGCCUUACAUGAGUCCACUUAGGGCUGCUAUGACAAAGUGCAACCAACUGGGUGGCAGAAAAACACAGUGGUUUGUCCCCUUGGUCCUGGAGACAAGGCCCGAAAUCAAGGUGUUGUCAGGAUCAGGCUCUGCACAGCUUCCAGGGCAGGACCCUUCUCUGCCUCUUCCCACUCCUGGGACAGUGGACACAGGCAAACCUUGGCAGCCCAUGCUUGUGCCCCCAGCCAUCUCUGCCUCGGUCACUAGGUGGCCUCUGUCCACCCUUCUCCAAUGACAAACUCAUCUUAGUUACAUCUGCAGUGACCCUAAUUUCU